GGGCGAGAACUUGUGGGCGAAAAAUAGGUUCGCGAAGUCUAAAGCAAGGAAUGGAUACUGUAUCCUAGAAUUGAUUAGCGGCAAAUCCGCAAUCGCAACUCCAAUUCUUCAUCUUGUCUAACUCUUCUAUCUUCUUCAGCCGGUCAAGCACGUCUCACACACCGGUACCUGGUCUCUGGUCGGCCAUCAGACGGCCGGUCAGCCUUAGCCUCUAGCCAAGUAGCUGCUACUCGACAGCCUCUACUAGCUAGAUCCGCCCCCAAUUGAGACGCCUGAGUUCCAGUCAUCUUCGUAGUCAGAAUAAGGAAGACCACGAGAUAAUUAAAAAGGAAAGUCAAUCUGACAGACAAAACCAUAGGAGUCGGGGAAGAAGGAUGAAGGAAGAAGACAGUAAUGUGAGUAGCACCAUGGCUGCCGCCACAGUGGAUACCGGCAAGGCUGACAGACCAGUAUGGCUGAUGAAGUGUCCAUUAGUUGUCUCCAAAUCAUGGCAGUCUCAGGCGGCGACGGCUUCCUCCUGCUCCUCCACAGAUAUUCCGCUAGUUGGUAAAGUCGUUGUUUCUCUCGAUCCUCUCCAACCAGAAGAUUCUCACCAAUUUACCAUGGAACUGGCUGAUAAUGAUGUUGGGAACAUCCCCAAAGGGUACUCUUUGAAUAUGUUCAAAGAUUUUGUACCAAUGUGUAUCUUCUCAGAGACAAAUCAAGGAAAGGUUUCCAUUGAAGGGAAAGUUGAUCAUAAAUUUGACAUGAAGCCUCACACUAGGAAUAUGGACGAAUACAGGAAAAUGUGUCGGGAAAGAACAAAUAAAUCAAUGGUUAAGAACAGACAAAUACAGAUAAUCGAUAAUGAUCGUGGUGUACACAUGAGGUCUAUGCCUGGAAUGAUGGGUUUGCUUGCAUCAACUUCUAAGGAGAAAAAGAAAGCAACUCCAGUUAAAGGACCUGAAGUAAAAAGAACUAGAAGGGAUCGGGGAGAACUGGAGGAUAUCAUGUUUAAGCUUUUCGAAAGGCAACCUAAUUGGACGUUGAAGCAGCUUGUCCAAGAAACAGACCAGCCUGCGCAAUUUUUGAAGGAGAUCCUAAAUGAGCUGUCAGUGUACAAUAAGAGGGGAGCAAACCAAGGCACAUAUGAGCUGAAGCCUGAGUAUAAGAAAUCUGCUGAGGACACUACUGAUGCAGACUAGAUGUCUUAUAAAGAAACAAGUGAACUUUGUAUUAGUAAAUUCCACCGGGCAUGUAAAUGGGUAGCAUGAUGGAGCAACGAUGUUUUCAGUCCCAGUCUCCCAGAUAGACCAGGCACCAGCCAAUACUAGACUUAAACAUAUCCGAUAAGAUUAGCAUUUGGACAAUUAUAAAAUACACAGAGAUCAGACAUUUACAGAUUAGAUCAAUUUUAAACAAAUCAGAUCGGAUCAGAUCAGACUAGCAAAUUUUAGUCCAAAAUAAAAAUCCUGAGUGUAGCUAGAUGCAUUCUCUCUGGAAUAUAAAGAUUUUCCAUUAUUGAUCUCUUAAACGAACACCCACCGUAAGCAUGCCCAUUUACAUUCCAUGGUUUCAAAUUGCGGAUUGCAUUACAGUGUUGCGGUUGUGGAUUGCGCUACGUAAUGUUAUUAGUCAGUUAUUACUAAUAUAUUAAAUCCCA